AUGGAAGAAGAAGUCUUAAAGGGAAAUAAGAAUACCACAACCUUUACCAAGCAAUCAUGGAAAUAUAUAAAGGAAGAGCUUUGUGCACGAGCAAAAAGAAAUUAUAGUAAUAUGCAACUAAGGAACAAAUACAAUCAAUUAAAGCAAAAGCAUAAGGAUUUUAAGUCUUUACUGAAAGAGACUGGUAUGGGAUACAAUGCAGUGACUGGAGAAGUUAGUGCGACAGAUGAAGUUUGGGAUAAACUUAUUCAAGUUAACAAUCCUUCUACUAGGGAUGAAGAAAGUGGUUUUGAUGAGGAUGGUAGCAAAAGAAGAGGUAAAUCAACAGCCACUUCAAACUCUCAAUCAGUAAAAAGAGCAAAGUUCUCAUCAGCUUUGGCAGAUGCACUGGCAACAUAUAAUGAAACUGCAAAGCGAAAGACAGAAUUGAUAGAGAGAUCAAUGGCAACAUCUGCAUCACAUUACUUAUUUGAUGAGAGUGUUGAAGCUCUUAAUCAAAUUGAUGGAAUUAGUGGAAAAGUAUACGCAAAAGCUAUUGAGAAGUUUGAGAACGAGGUGUCCAGAGCAUUGUUUCUAAAGAUGCCAGAGCAUAGAAGAAUAGAUUGGUUGCUGAAUUUGAAGUGA